GUGAGGCCGAACAAUAGUUCCAAAAAUUUGUCCAAAGUAUCGAAUAUCGAUAGCAUAGGUAUGAUCGAGAGAGAAGCUAAAUAAGUCUCAAUUCGCUGAUUGAUGAAACGGGAGGCAUUCUUGGAAAAUUAAAUCCUGAUCUGAUCAACACUUUUUUUUAUAAGGACAACCGAGUUUCUCCAUCUUCCUCGUGUGCUAGACAGAUGUUUAACUGAAAGAAAAAGUCUGAAACGUAUAAAAUAAACAAUUGAUCGUGAUGGACGUACUUGGUGCGCUGGACGGGCCGUCUGGACUGCAAGCCGCGGAGGACGAGGCGAGCGGAGAUGCAGAGAUUGCAGCUGAUCUACCGAAAGCAGAAGCAAAUAAAGCAGCAUUGGAUUUCUUGAAUUCAGUCACAACAUCCGACUUGCAGGAUGUGCUCUUCACAGAUAGCCUGGUAGCCAUAUCUACGAUUGGGAAGGAGCUGGGAGAAUUUACUGUGACAGUCGAGCCUGCCAGGCAUCAUGGGCAAGAAUGCCUUCUCAUUCAUGCCAACAGUCAUGGAACCAUCGAUAAUAUUCCCAUCGGAACCUCACUCACAGCAUAUGUUUCCAAGAACCUACAGACUUUAGAUGAAAAUCACCAUGAAUAUGUAGAGUUAGAGGAUGUCCAGCUUGAUAAGAAAACACACAUUAUUUAUAAAGAUGGUCAAUACAUUCUCAACAAGAUUGUUUCGCGAGGACAGGAUAUGCAAAGAACGGCAGAAACUUUCAGUGAAGACAGGUUAAAAGGCUUCAUUUCAGAAGGUUCCAAUUUGAUACUUCAGAGGAUUUUAGCAAGGAAAGGAGUGCCUGACAAUCUUGUCUUUGUAUCAUUCGAUGGUGAAGCAAAGUUAUGGACAACAACAUAUAGAGGCCUUGAAGAUCGUACACAGAGAGUAGGUGAGGAAGAGGUGAUGGUAAAAGGUAUUGAGAGGACCAUCAACUCAUAUGGUAGUGUCCCUGAUACAUGGCAGUCAUACUUCCUACCUGAUGGUCACUUGGCUAGUCGUGUUCACGUGGGCUCCCCGGUCACCAUGCAUCUGUUGAGGAUACCUGAGCCUCCACCGGUAGACGAUAGGGAAGAGAAGCCUACCUUCCCUAAGAAACCUCUCAACUGGGAGGAAGACAUGCAAUUGUAUUCACAGUUCUUAGACAGAAAGGAGGAGCUGAAAGGCGACCAUGCAACCUACAUGAGGCAUCAUCCAGAGCUGAAGGCUCUUCUUGCUGACUUCCUGCAGUUUCUGCUUCUCCGGAAACCUGAGGACAUAGUGUCCUUUGCCGCCGACUACUUCUCCUCCUUCUCAGCUUCCACCAAAUCUGGCUCUGCCUUCGCCACCUCGCAAGAACCCCGCUUCACCCCACGGCCAACCUCACCUUACAAGAAACAAGGACCAUACAGCACAGCGUCCAGCCACUAGUCCAUGUAUGCAGACCCAUUUGUGAUUUCCAUCGGUCUUCAAGACACUGGUUCAGGGGUUUCUUCUCUACUCUGAAACUCACCUGGGCCCUGUAACACAAAGGUUUAGU